UAGCUAGCUAGGCAUCCACCAAAUUGUGCUUGGCUUGCUUGCUCUAUCUGAUUCUGGCCCGGCCCCUAUUUUCUUUCCUUCGCAUUUUAACUUUCUUGAGAAAACCUUUCCAUAUUUUUCUCUGAGAAAAUGAAGACGCAGAGUGGCAACACCAGCAAAGGCAGCUUCUUAGAGAACUGGAAACCCUAUUUUGCUAUGAUAUCAUUGCAGUUUGGAUAUGCUGGCAUGAAUAUUAUCACUAAGGUGUCACUCAACCGAGGCAUGAGCCACUACGUACUUGUGGUUUAUCGCCAUGCCAUUGCUACUGCUGCCAUCGCUCCCUUCGCUAUUUUCUUGGAGAGGAAAGAGCGACCAAAGAUUACGUUUCCUAUUUUUGCUCAAAUAUUUGUUCUUGGACUUCUUGGGCCGGUGAUAGACCAGAACUUCUACUAUGCGGGUCUAAAAUUUACGUCCCCGACCUUCUCUUGUGCAAUGAGCAACAUGCUCCCGGCCAUGACAUUUGUAAUGGCCGUUAUAUUUCGGAUGGAGAAGGUAAACCUGAAGAAGGUAAUGUACCAAGCAAAGAUAGUAGGAGCCAUAAUAACAGUGGGAGGGGCAAUGUUGAUGACCUUGUACAAGGGCCCCGUGGUGGAGAUGGUGUGGUCAAAGUAUGUACAUCCUCGGCAAUCAUAUACAAGUGGUGGUACUGGUACUAGUGGUACUAGUAGUGAUAAGGACUGGUUCAAGGGCUCUAUCUUCCUCAUCAUUGCAACACUCGCCUGGGCUUUCUUGUUCAUUUUACAAAAGGCGGCGUUGAAAACAUACAAGGAGCAUCAGCUCACACUCACGUCUCUGAUGUGCUUCUUUGGGACACUGCAAGCUAUUGCUGUCACUUUUGUCAUGGAACACAAACCCUCUGCUUGGUCCAUCGGCUGGGACAUGAACCUCCUUGCUGCCGUCUAUGCUGGAAUAGUGACAUCAAGCAUAUCAUACUAUGUCCAAGGACUAGUGAUGAAGACAAAAGGACCCGUCUUCACAACUGCUUUUAGCCCUUUGACGAUGAUCAUUGUAGCCAUCAUGGGUUCUUUUAUCCUGGCUGAAAAGAUUUAUCUUGGAGGAAUAGUUGGGUCAAUGUUGAUUAUAGCAGGUCUUUACUCAGUUCUAUGGGGAAAAUACAAAGAACAGGAGGAGGAGGAGGAAGAAAACGCAAUACCCACCCAAGCCAUAACGGGUACAACUGCUAAUGAUGCUCAUCCGAGCGUUCUCAGAAGCAGUGACAGUACAGUUGAGUUGCAGAACCAAGAAGCUCGCAACCUUCCCUCGGUUGCCAUUACUUUACCCAUCUCAGAUACAGACACAGACACCUGCAUCAAACCCAACCAACAGGCCUAACCUUUACCCACCCAGUGAAUGUGCCUUUCUUUUUCACUCACUCACUCUCUUUCUUUCUUUUCUUUUCUUUUUUUCUCUUUUUUUUUUUUUUUUCCUGUCUCUCUCUAAAUUAUGGAGCUUUCCGGUGGUAAAGAAAGCUAAUAUUUAAGGACUUGUACUAAUUAAUGCAAGGACAAUCUCGAAAUCUCUCUCUUUUAUUUAUCUAUUUUACUACUACAA